AUGAAGGGCGCAGUCCUCUCCAUCCUCACCAGCGGCGUCGCUGCCCAGAUCACCAUCGCUCCCGCCAUCGCCCCUGGCAUUCUCAAUGUCGCGGCCGUCAACCCCGGAGACCCUGGUUACCAGACUUGCUCUCAGGCCGUCAACCUGUUUGAGGACUGUGUGUCGUCUCUAGGUGGUGUUGAGGCCGCUGCCAACGCCGACCCUACUGAGCUCCUUGGAUGCGCUUGCUGCGAUGGAAGCACUCCCGCCGCUCCUCUCUACUCCGUCUGCUCCAACUACCUCGAGGAGGAGCUUCCCACUGCCAGCGAUCAAUAUGAGGCCUACGGCACUCUCUACAAGGCUUGCGCUCUCGGUGCCUCGUGCGGUGGUGGAAGUGGUGGCAGCGCUACUCGCAGCCCCAGAACCACGGCCGUUGUUAGCGACGACGACAAUGAGUCGGCUACCGUGACCAGUCCUGCUGAGCAGACAUAUGCUCUGGCCUGCCAGAACAUGCUUGGCAUCUUCGCCUCGUGCACCCGUGCCAAUCGCGACUUCACCGAGCUCCCCUUCAAGGAGCAGGCUGAGUGCUACUGCUGUCGUGGCUCCGGCGACAGACUCACCUGGACUGAUGAGAUGGGCGGUUAUGCCAAGACCUGCGCCAGCUGGGCCAGCACUGGCGAGCCCGACACCGUCCUCCCUGUCGCCGAGACCUUUGCCAGCUUCUGCAAGCGCUACACCACUGCUUGCGAUGUUGCUGCCACUCGCACUCAGGACUCCGAGACCACCGCAACUGACGACGACAACAACGACGACGAGACCGACUCCACCACCGAGUCUUCUCCCGAACAGACCAGCAACAGCGAUGAUGACAACAACGACGACAACAGCGACGCCACCACCAGCGAGAACGGCCCUGUCACCGUCACCGUCCAGCCCACCGACACCGCUGCUGCUGCCACCGAGACCAGCGGCAACGCUGCGUCUUCUCUCCGUGUCGGCCUCGGCGCUGCCCUUGCCGCCGUUGCUGCUCUUGCCGUUGCUCUGUAA